AUGGGAGAAACAGCUGAAGAAAUUUUAAACUCUUUUCACAUAAGCCCAAGGUACACUGCAGAAAAAAUCAUAGGCUAUGGGGCUUAUGGCACAGUAAUCCAAGCCCGUGACACUGAAAAAGAUGAAGCUGUAGCAAUAAAAAAACUGAACAAAAUCGAAGACGUGAUUGACGCCAAGCGAAACCUUCGAGAAAUCAAAGCUAUGCGGCUGCUUAGGCAUGAUGGUAUAUUAGGGCUGAAGCGGGUUAUACACAUCCACGCUGACCCUUCUGAGCUUGGCGAAAUCUACAUCAUCACUCCUCUUAUGGAAACUGAUCUGCAUAGGAUUCUUAAGUCAGACCAAGAGCUCACCAAUGACCAUGCCCAGUAUUUUAUCUAUUACAUCCUAAGAGCACUGAAGUUUAUCCAUAGCGCUAAUAUUGUUCACAGAGACAUAAAGCCCAGCAAUAUCCUUGUAAAUGCUGACUGCUCUAUCAAGAUUUGUGACUUCGGGCUCAGUCGACAAAUAAACUCAAGCUUGGAAGACCUGACUGAAUACGUGGUCACUAGGUUUUAUAGAGCUCCAGAAAUCAUGCUUUCUUCUCACAAUUAUACAAAAGCAGUCGAUAUUUGGAGCGUAGGCUGCACAUUUGGCGAGAUUUUAGGGAGGAGAGUUCUGUUCCCGGGGCAGAAUUAUAUAAAACAGAUAGAUUUGAUUAUAAAAACCCUUGGGACACCUGAUGAAGCUGAUUUAGAGUUCAUUGCAAAUGACCAUGCGAGGAAAUUUGUGAAGUCGCUCGACAAACAUGUGAAACAGCCACUACAAAAUAUCAUAAACCCUGAAGCCCCUCCAGAAGCUAUUGACUUAUUAGAAAAACUGCUGGCAUUCAACCCAAGCCAGAGACUCACUGUAGAAGAAGCGCUAAGACACCCAUAUCUCGCAGAUUUGCAUGACUCUGACGAAGAGCCAGUUUCUCAAGAAACCAUUGCGUUUGAGUUUGAAGAUGCCGAGCUCUCAUUUGACCAAAUGAAAGCUUUACUGCUAGAAGAGCUCGAAAUCUCUUCGCAAUUAGAUGAUUAA